AUGAAGGAGCUGAGCGAGCGGCUGGAGGACGAGGAGGAGAUGAACGCAGAUCUGACCUGUAAGAAACGUAAGCUGGAGGAUGAGGCGUGUGAGCUGAAGAGGGACAUCGACGACCUGGAGAUGACUCUGGCCAAAGUGGAGAAGGAAAAACACGCCACAGAGAACAAAGUGAAGAACCUGACAGAGGAGAUGGCCUCUCAGGACGAGAACAUCCUCAAACUGACACGCGAGAAGAAGGCACUACAGGAGGCGCAGCAGCAGACCCUGGACGACCUUCAGAGCGAGGAGGACAAAUGCAAUGCUCUGAACAAAGCCAAAGUGAAGCUGGAGCAGCAAGUGGACGACCUGGAAGGAGCGCUGGAGCAGGAGAAGAAGAGCAGGAUGGAUUUGGAGAGGAGUAAACGGAAGCUGGAAGGAGACGUGAAGCUCCUGCAGGAGAACCUAAUGGACCUGGAGAACGAGAAGCAGCAGCUGGAGGAGAGGAUGAAGAAGAAGGAGUUUGAGCUGAGUCAGGCUUGUGCACGAGUGGAGCAGGAGCAAGGAGCAGGAGUCCAGCUGAGCAAGAGACUGAAGGAGGCGCAGGCGCGGCUGGAGGAGCUGGAGGAGGAGCUGGAGAGCGAGCGUUCGUCUCGAGCCAAAGUGGAGAAGCAGAGAUCUGACCUGAGCCGAGAACUCGAGGACCUCAGCGAGCGUCUGGAGCAAGCAGGAGGUGCCACCAGCGCCCAGCAGGAGGCGCAGAAGAGAAGAGACGCCGAGUUCCAGCGUCUGAGGAGAGAACUGGAGGAACUCACUCUGCAGCACGAAGCCACCAGCGCCACCAUGAGGAAGAAACAUGCAGACGCUGUGGGGGAGCUGGGGGAGCACAUGGACAACCUACAGAGAGUGAAGCAGAAGUUGGAAAAGGAGAAAGCCGAGCUGCGUGUGGAGCUGGACGACGUGAGCGCAAACUUGGAGGCAGUGGUGCGCGCUAAAGCCAACGCAGAGAAGACAGCGCGAGCUCAGGAGGACGCGGCUCACGAGCUGCGCAGCCGCCUGGAGGAAAGCCAGAGGGCGCUGUCUGACGCACAGACCGCCAACGCCAAACUCACUACCGAGAACGCAGAACUACAUCGGCAUGGAGACGAACGCGAGAGUCUACUGCAACAGAUGACACGGAGCAAGAACGCCUUCUCCCAGCAGAUUGAGGAGGCGCGGCGACAGCUCGAUGAGGAGUCUAAAGCUAAGAACGCUCUGGCUCACGCGCUGCAGUCUGCACGUCAUGACUGUGACCUCCUGCGGGAGCAGCUGGAGGAGGAGCAGGAGGCCAAAGCUCAACUCCAGAGACUCGUAUCCAAGAGCAACGUGGAGGCGCAGCAGUGGAGGACCCGCUACGAGAGCGAAGGAGUGACCAGAACUGAGGAGCUAGAGGAGGCCAAGAGGAGGCUGGUCCAGAGGCUGCAGGAGGCAGAGGAGGCGGUGGAAGCGGCAAAUGCUAAGUCGUGUUCUUUGGAGAAAACUAAAGUUCGUCUUCAGACAGAGAUCGAGGACAUGACGCUCGACAUGGAGCGAUCACACGCUGCUGCAGCCGCACUGGACAAGAAGCAACGCAGCUUCGACAAGAUUCUGGCCGAGUGGAAGCAAAAGCAGGAGGAGACGCAGUGUGAGCUGGAGGCGUCCCAAAAGGAGGCCCGCUCCCUCAGCACGGAGCUCUUCAAACUGAAGAACUCGUACGAGGAGCUGCUGGACCACCUGGAGACGCUGAAGAGGGAGAACCAGAACCUGCAGGAGGAGGUGACAGACCUGACGGAGCGCGUGGCCGAAGCCGGACGCAGUGCACAUGAGCUGGACAAACUGCGGCGCACGCUGCAGCAGGAGAAGGAGGAGAUGCAGACGUGUUUGGAGGAGUGUGAGGAGACGCUGCAGAUGCAUGAGUCCAAACUUCUGAGGCUGCAGCUGGAGAGCGCGCAGGCGCAGGCCGACGCCGAGCGCCGCAUCAGCGAGAAGGACGCAGAGAGCGAGCAGAACAAACGUAACCAGCAGAGGGCGCUGGAGAGUCUGCAAAGCACGCUGGACAAUGAGACGCGCAGCCGCAACGAGGCGCUGCGCAUCAAGAAGAAGAUGGAGGCCGACCUCAACGACAUGGAGGCGCAGCUCAACCAGGCGCUGAGGAGCAGCGCGGAGCAGCACAGACAGGUGAAGCUUCUCCAGGGGGCUCUCUCAGACACACAGCUGCUCUUGGAUGAGGAGGUGCACCAGCGAGAGGAGCAGAAGGAGAACGCGUUGCUGAGUGAGAGGAGGUGCACACUCCUGCAAUCAGAGCUGGAGGAGGUGCGGGCGGCGCUGGAGCAGUGCGAGCGCAGCCGCAAACUGUGCGAGAGCGAACUCAGCGAGAACAACGAGCGAGCACAACUUCUACUACAGCAGAACAACAGCCUGAUGCAGCAGAAGAAGAAGACAGAGGCCGACAUCUGUGCCCUACAGGUGGAGCUGGAGGAGGCGCAGCAGGAGGCGCGGGCAGCAGAGGACAGAGCUCGAAAGGCGAUUGGAGACGCAGCGCUGAUGGCGGAGGAGCUGAAGAAGGAGCAGGACACGUGCGCGCACCUGGAGCGCAUGAAGAAGAACCUGGAGGUCACCGUCAAAGACCUGCAGCUGAGAGCGGACCAGGCCGAGCACAGCGCCUCCACAGGAGGACGCAAGCAACUGCAGCGGCUGGAGCUCCGCCUCCGAGAGCUGGAGGCUGAGCUAGAGGCGGAGCAACGGCGAGGGGCGGAGUCUAUGAAGGGAAUCAGGAAGUACGAACGGCGAAUCAAAGAGCUGAGCUUCCAGAACGAGGAGGAGAAGAAGAGCUCUACAAGACUGCAGGACCUGGUGGAGAAGCUGCAGCUGAAGCUGAAGUCGUACAAGCGUUCUCUGGAAGAAGCUGAAGCCGAGAACAACACGACUCUGGGGAAAGUGCGGCAUCUGCAGCACGAGGUUGAACAGGCAGAAGAGAGGGCCGAGAUCGCCGAGAGCCAGGUCCAGAAGCUCAGGGCCAAACACCGGGACCAGGACUGA